AUGAGCAACUUAGCUUCUCCAUCCAACCUGAAGUUGAACGAUGGCAACGAAAUCCCAAUUCUUGGGUAUGGCCUCGGAACAGCUCGGUAUAAGCUUGACCCGAGUGCACCUCUCGAUAAAGAGCUGGUCAAGACCGUCGUAACGGCAAUCAAGGCCGGAUACUACCACCUGGAUGGUGCAGAAACCUACGGUAACGAAGUCGAAUUUGGACAGGCAAUCAAGGACUCUGGCGUCCCCCGAGAGAAGCUCUACAUCACCCACAAGAUUUCCGGCACGGCCGUCAAGAACACCAAGGAGGCAUUCGAACUCUCGCUGAAGAACCUGCAGCUCGACUACGUUGACCUCUACCUCAUCCACGCUCCAUUCUUUGCCAAGACCCCAGAAGAUCUGCAAGCCAAAUGGCGGGACCUGGAGGAGAUCCAUGCUUCUGGAAAGGCAAAGUCGAUUGGUGUUUCCAACUUCACCCAGAAGGAGCUCGAGCCUAUCCUGAAAAUUGCGAAGAUCAAGCCAGCGAUUAACCAAAUCGAAUACCACCCCUACCUCCAACAUGGCGAUCUCGUCGACUUCCACCGAAAGAACAACAUUGCAACUGCCGCAUAUUCUCCAUUGACAGCGGUUGUGAAGGCAACGCCUGGACCUGUGGAUGCCAAGUAUGAGGAGCUGGCGAAGAAAUACGGAGUCAGCAAGGGAGAAAUUGCUUUAAGAUGGGUGAUCGAUCAGGAUAUUGUGGUGAUAACUACCAGCGGCAACGAGCAGAGAUUGCAGGAGUACAAGAAGGUAGCAAACUUCAAGCUGACGCCUCAAGAAAUAGAGGAGAUCUCAACUUUGGGCAAGCAGAAGCAUUACAGAGGUUUCUGGACCGACAAGUUUGCGGCUGAUGACAGAACGUAG